GCUCAUCAUGGAUUUUUUGGUGUUAAUUUUUAUUUUAAAAAAAUAUGUUAAAAUAUUCUGUAUCUUGACGACUAAGUUUUUCGAUGCUCCCUUCACUUUUACACUCACCACGUGGAGUCCCGGCCCCUUGCGAGAAGGCUGCGUGCUGCCUGGGCUGACUACCGACUUGCUUCUAGCCUACACCCUAACCUAGCAGCUUUGCUCACUAAGGGACUUGACAAGCCCCUAUCUCUCUCCCAAUCUCAUUUUCCUGCUGUGAAAUCCUAAGUUGGCUUCCAGAGCUAAGGGUCUGUGUCUGAGGUUCCUUAGUGAAAUUUGCAGUUGGUACGGAAAUGGUCUGGGGCUGAGACACCUGGCCAUGAGGUCAGGGACCUCAGAAGGAGGGGACCCCAAGAAGAAACAGCAGAGCAGUGAUGAGGAGAGCAGCCUCCCAUGAGGCCUCUCGGGCUUCGGGCUCACCACCCUGUCUGGGAACUCUGCUGGUGGCCAGGCACCCAGCGCCCCACAGCCAGAGGCAAGGGCCGGUUACAAUGCUCCCCUCUCCCUGCCCCUCACUCAUGCCUCUUAAUCCCUUUGGAAUCGAAUCCCAGGGGAAACAGCCACUUCUCCUCCAACAACUAAAAAAACCCCACCAAGUUCAGAUCUGUCAACAUAUCCUUCUUGAGCGCCUAUUGUAUACCAGAAACACAAUGUCAUUCAUUCAUUUCUUCAGCAAAAUUGAGUGCAAUGAACAAAACCCCUGCCCCCACAGAGUAUGCAGGGCUAUUUGAAGGACUUCUACAUACAUACAUCAUGUAAGCUUAAAGGGGGUGGGACCAUUAUGCCCAGUUUUACAGGUGAGGACACUGAGGCACACACAGGUCAAGUCACCUGCCCAUGACAACACAGCAAAAUGGGGGGCUGGACACUCGGCCUCUCUCUUGACUCUAACCCUGUUGGGAGCGGGGUAAUGUGAUGGUUGUGUGGGUGGGUUUAGUUGAAGAAGGGUCAGUCCUCCAGGUAUAGGGCCUAUGCCACUCCCUUCCCAACUGGGCUAAAAUUCUGGAAUCAGAGUGACACGGAGCCUUCAGGGAGGUUAAAGGGCAAAGGUCUGCCCUAGAAUAGGGUGCCCGUCUUUCCAGACACAUUUAUCCCUUACCUCUCUGUGCCUCAGUUUCCUCAUCUGCAAAUAGGCACAGCCACACCAGCCCCAGGGAAAACUGUGUGCCACGGCAGAUGUACAAGAGCUUGAUAAAUGGCCCUUCUCCUUCUGGGGCUGAACCCCGUCUCCGCCUCCCUCCAGGACCAGCAUUGCGAGAGCCUGUCCCUGGCCAGCAACAUCUCAGGACUGCAGUGCAACGCAUCCGUGGACCUCAUUGGCACCUGCUGGCCCCGCAGCCCUGCAGGGCAGCUAGUUGUUCGGCCCUGCCCUGCCUUUUUCUAUGGUGUCCGCUACAACACCACAAACAAUGGCUACCGGGAGUGCCUGGCCAAUGGCAGCUGGGCCGCCCGCGUGAAUUACUCCGAGUGCCAGGAGAUCCUCAAUGAGGAGAAAAAAAGCAAGGUGCACUACCAUGUCGCAGUCAUCAUCAACUACCUGGGCCACUGUAUCUCCCUGGUGGCCCUCCUGGUGGCCUUUGUCCUCUUCCUGCGGCUCAGGAGCAUCCGGUGCCUGCGAAACAUCAUCCACUGGAACCUCAUCUCCGCCUUCAUCCUGCGCAACGCCACCUGGUUCGUGGUGCAGCUAACCAUGAGCCCUGAGGUCCACCAGAGCAACGUGGGCUGGUGCAGGUUGGUGACCGCCGCCUACAACUACUUCCAUGUGACCAACUUCUUCUGGAUGUUCGGUGAGGGCUGCUACCUGCACACAGCCAUCGUGCUCACCUACUCCACCGACCGGCUGCGCAAGUGGAUGUUCAUCUGCAUCGGCUGGGGUGUGCCCUUCCCCAUCAUUGUGGCCUGGGCCAUUGGGAAGCUGUACUACGACAAUGAGAAGUGCUGGUUUGGCAAAAGGCCUGGGGUGUACACCGACUAUAUCUACCAAGGCCCCAUGAUCCUGGUCCUGCUGAUCAAUUUCAUCUUCCUUUUCAAUAUCGUCCGCAUCCUCAUGACCAAGCUCCGGGCAUCCACCACGUCUGAGACCAUUCAGUACAGGAAGGCUGUGAAAGCCACUCUGGUGCUGCUGCCCCUCCUGGGCAUCACCUACAUGCUGUUCUUCGUCAAUCCCGGGGAGGAUGAGGUCUCCCGGGUCGUCUUCAUCUACUUCAACUCCUUCCUGGAAUCCUUCCAGGGCUUCUUUGUGUCUGUGUUCUACUGUUUCCUCAACAGUGAGGUCCGCUCUGCCAUCCGGAAGAGAUGGCACCGGUGGCAGGACAAGCACUCGAUCCGUGCCCGAGUGGCCCGCGCCAUGUCCAUCCCCACCUCCCCCACCCGUGUCAGCUUUCACAGCAUCAAGCAGUCCACAGCAGUCUGAGCUGGCAGGUCAUGGAGCAGCCCCCAAAGAGCUGUGGCUGGGGGGAUGAUGGCCAGGCUCCCUGACCACCCUGCCUGUGGAGGCGACCUGUUAGGUCUCUCAUGCCCACUCCCCCAGGAGCAGCUGGCACUGACAGCCUGGGGGGCCACUCUCCCCCUGCAGCUGUGCAGGACUGUAGCUCAUGAGUGGAAAGUCAUCUACAGGACUGGGCCAGUCCCGGGGCCUCUGGCUUCCCUGCCCAGUCCUCCGUGGAGAAGGGACGUGGAAAUGAAUGGAAAUGGGCUGCUAGACACCCACAGCAGCACACGCGUCCCUCCAAGGCUGUCUUCUCCCAGAGCACAAGAAGUCCAGCCGACUGGGACCUGGGGCUGCCCUCGGCAACUGUGGGGAGGCCGUUUGCUGCCCCGGGGCAUCAUGGGCAACUUGUGACAGCCUCUGACUCACCACGAUGACGCCUCUGGACCUCGGUGAUGCCUUCCGACACCACUGGGAACCAAGGGCCCUCGCUCAGGAACCCUGGAGACAGAAGUCAGGUGUCAUCAUCAGACGUGUGGCCACAGCACUAGAGUCACCCCCCAGGCCUCCAGAACCUCAUUGACACUGUGGCACUGCCACCAGCAAUGCCCUGCCUCGCUGCCUUCAUCCUGAACAUUUACUACCCUGCAGGCCAGGCCAGCUUCCCCUCACUUAACCACAGGCAGUACCCUCACCCCACACCAGUCACCUCCUGCCCCUUUUCCUCUUUUGUGAGAAGAGGGGGCUGGAGGGGGCAGAGUGGCCUGUGAGCAAGAGCCAGGGGUGUCCCAGCCCUGGCCUCUGGGGCAGAGCUUGUAGCCCCGGAUGGCCUCUGGGGCAGGACCACUAGCUAAACAAGCCAGGAGAAGGCUCCUGCCCAAGUGGCUCUUGGGACAACAUGCUGCUUACACUCUAGGUGUGGACUGGCUACAGCCCCCACUGACCUGCCCAUGUCCAGAGGGACUGGACAGCCAGAGCAGGGCUUUGGGGGGCACUAGAAGAUGAGGGUAUCGGCUGUGAGGCGGGUGGCUGGUAUAAAUAAUAAUAUUUAUCUUUUCAACCAGCA